UCGCAAUGGGCACCACCAAUGUGGAAAGCGAAACCGAUACCAACCCCACUAAACCACUGAACUGAGGCGGAAUCGACCGCACGUUAGCGCCGAAGAAUUAUAGAUCCGUAAUCUAGAGGUCUCUGACUAGGUAUAUACACUACUUCCUCCUACCCGUCCGCCCGCAGUGAGAUCCGAAGACUCCCUCAUGGCCUCUACUGCCUGCUGCAACAGUCCAUGGCUCGCUCGCACCCACAAUGCGUCGACACGGUGAUCAUCGGCAAUGGGCCCUCGGCCCUCAUCCUAUCCUACAUCCUGCACGGCCAUAUUCCCUACUACAUCGGUGGUCACUAUGAUAGUAUUCUCGAUGCAAAACUCUCCAAGGACCCAAAUCUGCUGCACCUAACGUCAGACCUAUACGCGCAUUUCCUCUCCUCACUGCGCUACUCGACACAGGCGCUGCCGGUCAACACGCUCCUCGACACCCUCAUCCGGCCGAAUGCAGAUACAGAGAUCAAUCCAAAGUCAUGUGUAGAAUGGCGCUACGAGCCGGAGAAGGCGAUAUCGCACGUUGCUAUCGGAGACACAGAGCAAGUGGGUGGGCAAUGGGCCGACAACCCGGUCUCUGCGAGCGCCGACAUCGGCACAUUGAGUUACGCUGAACAGCUCUCGCUCCCGGGGUACUCGUAUGCCGAUCACCUGGGCAAGGUUGAGCAGGAGGACGAUUGCGACUUUGUGCGCCCUUCACGGACCGAGUUUGCUGACUACCUGCGAAACUACCCUGAAGCCGUGGGGAUCUCAGAUUCGAUCUUCACGGGCACCAAGGUCGACAAUGUGUACCGUAUCUCAGACGGAUUCAUCAUUGGGUCGCUGGGCAUACGCUGCAAGCACCUGGUGCUCGCCUCAGGUAUCUUCACAGUCAACAUCCCGCCUCCUCCACUGCUGGCGCCCAUCGCUGAGCUGGACUCGAGAGAAGCGCCGUUGCUGGUCAUCGGAUCUGGCUUCUCUGCAGCAGACGUUAUCAUCUCAGCACCACCAACCCGCAGGAUCAUCCACAUCUAUCAAUGGGCCCCCGACAAGCGGCCGUCUCCCCUGCGCGGCUGUCAUCACUCAGCAUACCCAGAGUACGCCACCGUAUACCGCCAAAUGAAACUCGCCGCCAUCGCAUCAACCAAGAGCCGCAGCGCACGAACGCCCCUCCCACGCCGCAAAUCAACUACCAACCCGUUCUUCAGCCAGCGCGACUGGACCUUGUACAAAGGCUUGCCUAACGCCGAAAUAACCUCCGUCUCCCCAUCUCCCUCCACAGGCACCGCAACAAUAACUCUCUUUCUCCCGUCCGGCUCAUCACAAACCUACUCAGUCGGCGGUCUCGAGUAUGUAGUCGGCCGUCGGGGCACCAUCGACUUUCUCUCCGCCUCCCUGCAGGCCGAGAUCCUAUCUCCCACACUCGAACCAACGCCGACGCAGAUAUCCGGCCGCACGCUCCGUGCGAAAGCAGAGGCUUCGCUCGAGGUAGCGAAGGAUGUGUUUAUUACUGGCAGUCUGACUGGCGACUCGCUGAUCCGGCACGCGGUCGGCGGCUGCGUGUUUGCUGCGGGUCGCAUUCUGGGGGCUAUUCCGCCUACGUUUUCUCCUGGCUCACCGACUACAAUGACGCUGAGCCAAGCAAGUUCGACGCCAAGGUCUGCAAGUCCGACGAGUCAGUCGAGUCGGACGUUUGAUGGGCAGAGCGAAAGCACAGGCACGAGCCCCGUGUCUCACGCAUUAAAGUCGGGAUUGACGACACCUCGGGAAUUGACGAAUGGGCAUGCGGAUUUGCAUCUUGAUCGGAGGAAGCUGGUAAGGAGUGUGGAGGUUGCGAGCGCGGAGAAUAGGUUUUGGGUUGAUUCUGGGUGGUGGGCUGGAGGAUUGGGGCCAGGGAGAUCGGACAUGUAGUGGAGCUCGAGAUCAGAAUUGAUGCCAUAACACCACUGCAAA